ACGACCCCACCACCAGGUCUUCAUCAGCCGCCGCUGUUGAGGCAGGAAAAGAAGCAGUUCGUCGCUCGCCAAAGCAUUUCUGUUGUGGUUGUGACCGUGAACGCACCGCAAAACACAAGGCCAAGGACACAGUGUCAGUGCCGAGACAGUUCACCAUCACCGUCAUCGUCUGCACCGCAGCUCGCCACGGAAGGAAGUUCAAGGUUCAGAGCCCUAGUUCGCUUCGUAUAGAUAACCGCCCGCUGACACGAUGAGUUGGACGAAGAGACUGUUGUUUACCAUGAUGGUGGCGGCGGCCUACACUCGAGGACAAGGCCAGGACGCCGAGGCGGAAGUCGUAGAGGCACCCGACAAACUACCAGCGCCGCCACCGAGCCCACUCGACGACUGCGAUCCGGAACUCAUCGGCUUCGAACUGAUCACCGGCUACGUCUUCUCCGCCCCCGGGAACGUACUCGACUCGAUACCGGGAACCCUGAUGCUCACCGACUGCCUGGAAACAUGCCAAGGGAACGACUCGUGCCAAUCUGUUAAUUACGAAACCGGACUGUGCGUCCUCUUCAGUUCCAACGCCGACGUCUUGCCAGGAGCUUUGACCAAGUCGCAGUUCCCCGUUUUCACCAUCUACGCCCAGAAGAACUGUCUGGGGGUCAAACCGUGCGAACGCGCUUGGUGCAUCGACAGGGUACAGAACUACAAACUCCAGGGGUACACCAGGAAUAAGAUGACAGCCGCCACGAGACAAGAAUGCCUAGAAAUGUGUCUCGGAGAAACGGAAUUCAGCUGCAGGUCGGCCAGCUACAAUAACGCAACAGGCGACUGCGAGCUAUCCAGUAUGGAUCGGCUCACCCUCGCCGGAAGUUCGGCUUUCCAGGCGGCCGACGGCUACGAUUACAUGGAGAACAAUUGCGUCGAAGAACCGUCGAAAUUGUGCGAAUUCAAGAAACUCAACGGCAGAAUCCUCAAAACCGUCGACUCCGUCUACCAGGAUGUCGGCUCGGUUGACGAAUGCCGCGAGCUCUGCCUCAACUCUCCUUACAGGUGUCAUUCUUACGACUACGGUGACACCGGCGAGAUGGUGUGCCGACUCAGUCAUCACUCCCGCGCCACCCUCGCUGACAUCCAGGAUCCUUAUUUGGAAGUCCCCGAGGCGGCGACUUACGAAUUGAGCUCGUGCUACAACGUCAGCAUCGAUUGUCGUUCAGGAGACAUGGUGGCCCGCAUCCAAACCAGCAAAUUGUUCGACGGCAAAAUCUACGCCAAAGGCAGUCCCAAUUCGUGCGUGCGCGACGUCAAUAAUAGUUUGGAGUUUGAACUGAGCAUGGCGUACGACAAUCUCGAGUGCAACGUGCGCAAGAACGGCCUCGGAAGGUAUAUCAACGACGUUGUUAUCCAGCACCACGAUAAGAUCGUCACCAGUUCGGACCUGGGGCUAGCCGUGACGUGCCAGUACGAUUUGACCAACAAGAGCGUCACUAACGAGGUGGAUUUGGGGGUCCACGGGGACAUCCAACCCGCUUUGUCCGAAGAAGUCACCGUGGACUCUCCCAACGUGGCUAUGAAAAUCACCGACCGCAGCGGCGGCGACGUCAUGCCGACGGCCGAAGUUGGCGACCCUCUGGCGUUACGUUUCGAAAUCAUGGACAAGAACAGUCCUUACGAAAUAUUCGUUAGGGAACUGGUCGCAAUGGACGGCGUUGAUUCCAGCGAGAUUGUGCUGAUUGAUUCCGACGGCUGCCCCACCGACCAUUUCAUCAUGGGUCCUAUCUACAAAUCGGCCGAGACGGGCAAGAUACUUCUGUCGCACUUCGACGCCUUCAAGUUCCCCUCGUCCGAGGUGGUCCAGUUCCGCGCGCUCGUCACCCCGUGCAUGCCCACCUGCGAGCCCGUCCAGUGUGACCAGGAGGAGUCCACCGGCGACUUGCGCUCCGUCGUGUCCUACGGCCGCCGCCGUCGCCGCCGCUCCGCCACCCCCCAGGACGACCUCCUGCUCGUGCAGUCCAUCCAGAUCACCGACAAGUUCGGGUUCGAGCGCGACGGAAACAAGUCCAUCGACAGCGAGGCCAUCUUCAUCCCCAACGAGCCCGGGCUGUGCAUCAACAUGGCAGGAUUGAUAGUCGCCGCCACCGUGUUCCUGUCCGCUCAGCUGCUCAUCAUCGCCGCCUGGACCUUCAUCUGGCAGAGACGACGGUCGAACAAGCUCAACGACGGCAUGUCCGUCAGCGUGAGCUUGCCCUCCGGCCGCACUGACAGCCUCUGCAAGCUCUACGAGGCCGGCUACAACCACUCUCGUCGCUUCUAACCGAACUAAUCGCGUGUGAUAUUUUAGAAAUUUGUAUGUACAGCGCCGUAGGGACCCUAAAUUCGCGCGUAAACACAUACCUGCGUUCUCUUUCUGUGUGCGCCCGCCGAGGCGGCUGCCAUUGUAGUCUUCGUUUAGCAACAGCUUAAGUCACUGCCGAUGUGCGCGCACACGCAUUUCUUGGAACACCGCAACGUGCUAGAUUAAUACUCGUUUAGUUAAUUUGAAAAUGUAUCAGUUUUGAAGAGAAUUAGGGUGCUGAAGGUAACGUUUUGCCGCGUUCUUGCUGGGCUUGCUUCAAGAUAUGCGAAACGUUACUGAGCGAGGCGCAGGCAUGAAUGGACUCUAGGACGAUCUAGCGAGAAUGAGUGGACGAAAGCUUACUAUACUUUAAUAUUAAUAAUACAUUACUAAUCAAAUGCAAUAUGACUGAAUGGGGAUGGAUGAGUGCUAUUUAAAACUGCUUGUCCUAGUUUCUUGAGUGCUGCGUCGGACGGUUUUGCUAAUACUUGCCAAAUCUUCCGCCUCUAUGCGCCUUUAAAUAAUUUUUAACAAAUACCAUAUAUUUUUUACUUUAGGUAAUAUAAUUUUUAUACUAUUUAUAAGUUAAUGUGCUGAACGUAUUCAGUUAUAAAUUCUGAAUUUUCUAAAUAUAUGAAUUGAAUGAA